UCGGCCCGGCCGCGGGCGCCCCGCAUGGCCAGCCCCGCGGGGUCCGGCUUCCCCGCGCGGACCAACAGCCGCCUGGACGCGUUCCUGCGCCGGCAUCUGGCGCCCGAGGUCUACGAUGCCAUCCGCGCCUAUGAGCCGUGCAUUGUGGUGUCCGAUUCAGAGAAGCACGUCUUCAAGUACUUGGUCCUCAGCGACCGGCUCAUCUACCUGACCGAGAACCCGCCCAAAUCCAUCCGACAGGUUGUGGCGCUGCGGGACGUCGUGGCCAUUGACCUGAUUGAUGAUUACCCAGAAUUUUUGAGUCCACAAGAUAGAGAAAUCAACCAACACAUAAGGAUCAUCUAUUCAACUGUUUUGAAAAAAGAAUGUGAAAAGUCAAAAGAUUUCAGGAAAUUCUUAUUACCAUUUCACCAUGCCAAUGCUAACAACAAAAAAGUCAAGGAAGAGAAUAAUGGCCCUGUCUUAUGGAGAGGCAAAGAGCCUAAAAGUCUGGAUGAAUCCUCUGUCGGGUACCACCAAGAGAGCAGCACACUGUCCAAGGACUCAGCUCUCUGUCCUCCUUCAGACCUCAAGAAGCUGUCCCCUCAAGGUCAAAGUGCCGGCCGACCCCUACCUACACCCUCCAGGAGGAGCUGUCAGUCCGCAGCAGCCACUGGCCAGGCUGUCAGCGUGCCAUCUUGCACCACAAACACAAAAGGACCCAAGGGACUUCCAGAUCACAAAGACUCUCUAAGUGAAAUUCCUUUCAAGUGCAAUGGGAACGGAAAUGAGCUUUACUUAGGAAAUUCCUCCCCUGCCUCCCUUUUACAAAGUAACCCAAACCUAGAGAAAAAAGAGUCAGAACUUCAUUUGUACAUUAUUUCCACAACGUCAUCAAUAUUUCUGCACUUAAAAAGUUCAUGGAACAAUUAUAUUAUAAAAGCUACUCUUUUACAAGAUCCUCUAUAUGUUAGUGAGCUCAGUCUUGCUAUUGGAGGUCAAAAGCCAUACAGAUCUGAGGAGAAAAUCAAGCACUUCAGUCAACUUAAAUCUGAACUUUUUCUUAAAGACAAUACUUUGAGGAAGAUAGUUUGUUUAAUUACAGAACUUAAAGUAGCAGCCCAGAAAAACUACAUUCUGAAAAGGCUUUUCUGGAAAACCAGUGACCUUUUCUAUUUCCUAGUGAACAAACUUCAAGAGUACUUACCAGAGUCUAGGGAUAAGAAUGCACUUCAGAAUAAAAGCCAAAGAGCUGAUGAACUGGUGGCAUGCAUUGAAAUUAUACAGACUCUGGGACUGAUGUUCAGAGAAACAGAAACUGAGCCAUCACGUCUGAACACAUUGGCAGCUAAGAAGGGAACACUAUUUAAUCUCUUGGUAAUUUUAAUUAGCAAGCCUCAGAUUCCAAAAUCUUGUCCUGUGUUCGAUAUCCAUUUGGUGGCUGAUUCAAUUUUAUUAGAGACGACUUUGGAUGCUGAGUUACAGAAGCUUAUCCUGGAAUAUACAGAUACAGCUACAGCACUUUUAUAUGAGAUACUUCUUGUCUUUCAGCAGGGAAAUCUUGGAUUGGGGUCAACCAAGUUUGCUAUUAGCUGGAUGAUGUCCUUGCUACAAAGUCAUCCCCCCAUAGUUACUUUUGUGGCCAGUAUUGUGAAACAGGUGGUGAAGGGGCUCUCGGCUUCAUUUCAGCUGUUAAGUCCCAGCCAAGCAGUUCUGCUGUACCAGCAGUUUUACAUCCUCAAGAGCUGCCUGCAGUACAGCAAGACUUUAGCUGAGUAUAUUAGGAAUAAUCACAGAGAAGAAUUCAGGUACUUUAUUCACAUGCCAGCCUUGGAAAAAAGGCUCCCCUUAUGUUAUCCUAUUACCCAGCCGACCACUCAACUUUUUCAUGAAGUCCUGAAAUUGGUUGAGCAGAAACAAUGUGUGAAAUGUUAAAAAUUAAGUAUAAAAUGUUCAUUGGAAAUCAA